AUGAGCAGAAAUACUUUACUCAGCUUAUACGUUGAGGAUGUCCCUGAGGUUUACAAGAUGACAGAGUACCAGAAAAGAGUGAAAGAAAGAAAAGAAGUCUACUCGUACAUAGAAAGAUACAAACAACUUCCUGUAUCUGCAAUACUAAAUAAGAACAAUACAAAAGAAGAUAUAGAGCAGCACUACUGUGCAAAAGUAGCAGCAGCAACGGACGUGCAUGAGAUGAAAGAUUUUAUACACGGAGAAGUACAAAUAUUCCGGCUUAGAAUUGAUCAAGCCCAGGAAAAAGAUGUUCUUAGAUUGUUUACCACAGAGUAUCUCCCACGCCUUCAGGAGGAGGUUCUGUAUACACAAGAAGAAGGUGUUCUAAAAAUACAAAUCGACAAUAAUUCUAUAAACUGGCUGGGAAAGGUAAAUGAUGCAUCAAUUGGCGAUAAGAUUAACAGAGAAAUAGUUCGCUCUAAGAGUGUGCACGUUACAGCGCACUUUACGAAAUAUGCAGUUAUACGCGAUAGAAUAGAGCUGGGACUAGUCACAUCAGGAGUUGAUGGUAUAAGAAGUAUUCUAACCAGAGGGUUUGAGGACCUUCUGAAACAUACCACACAAACCAUGUACGUAUCAGGAGUGCCUAAAGAGUACGCAGUCUCUCUUCCUGUAGCAGCAGUUACACUGAUGCAAUUACAAACAAAAUGUGUUCCGCCGUGUAUUUCGGGCAUACUGGAUAAGUUAAAAGAAAAAAGGCAUUUAAAAUACGAUGACAGGUCAAACCUAAACAAUUUCUUAAAGGCCGCAGGAGUUCCCCUUGAGGAUGCACUUGCCCUGUACAAAGCCCAUUUCAGCUGCACUGUAACAGAAUUUGACAGAAAGUAUAAGUAUAACAUACAGCAUGCGUAUGGGCUGGUGGGUGGCCGUAUAAAUUAUAAGAGUACGCCGUGCAGUAAAGUAAUAUCUGACGGCAAGAGAUCAGAGUGUGUAGGGUGCCCAUUAUCAAAUGGAUUAAAUCCACAGAAAGAGUGUACAAAAUCUUUGGAAAGAAUCACUGGGAAGCAAGAGGUACUUAUAGCAUCUCCUUCUGAGUACUAUUUAAGAGUGCUCAGGGCACAGCAGUCAAAAGAGAAUUAAAUUCGGGU